AUGACAUUCUCAAAGGUCGUGUCUGUCUUUGCCAUGUUGAUCGCAGCGAGUACCUCGUCGGUCCAGUAUGCGGAGCUGCGCCGACCUAAGACUCCGUGCAUCGUGGAUCCCUGUGACAAUGUACUCCCUCUCCGACCAUGCAUGAGAUGGAUAAGCCAAUCUGAUCGUCGAAGCGAUCAGCGAUACGCGCGCAAGCUGUUGGAUACAUCCUUUGGAAUAAAUAAUGCCGAUUCCAAGUCCGGACGCUUUGUGCGGAUCACGAGACAAAAUGCCGAAUGUGCAUGUGAUCAAGAUGAUCAUGACAACGAUGGCAGCAGCAAGUGGAAAAGCGCUCAUUGUCAAGAAGGACGAGGAGGUCAUAACAAAGCCAAGAAGCAAAGAACGAGAAAGAAGCGUUGGAAUUUCAAAGGGCCUAGCGAGAUUCACGGUUCGUCGGUUGAAAUCCGGCGUCGCGCCUUGUUUGGUUGUGCAUGCAGGUCGAAUCGUGAAUCUGCGUCGCUUUAA